AUGUCUUUUCUCACACUGAUAAAUGUUCCCAUACCCUAUAUGUUUCAGUGUCCCUCGUGCGGCAGAGGUGGUUUCAAGGACGAGGUCGCCGUGGCCCGCCAUAUGAAUCAGCCUCGUUCAGGAUGCAGCACCUGGCUACAAGACGUUAUACGACUGGAUGAAUCUAUCGACACUACUAUGAACGUGGACAACGACAACGAAAAUACGUACUACGAAGACUCGGAGCAUGACAGAUCUAGAGGCUGGAGUGAGGAUACUGGAGAUGGAGAUGGUGUCAAUUUCGACGAAGGUGGUUCUACCGGUGCGCUCAUUGAUGAAGAAAUACCACUGACCGGUGACUCGGACUUCAUCAACUGGUUCCGCGGAGCUUCUCAGUCAUAUGGCGCAGGUCAUACCUUCCUGGACUUAUUCAACUCAGACGAAAACAGCGUGCAUCGCGCAAGGAAUUUAUACUACCCAUUCAGUGGCCGGAAAGAUUGGGAACUUGCGUCGUGGCUACUUCGUUCGGGGUUAAGUAUGGGGAAGAUAGAUAGUUUUUUGUCACUCGCCAUGGGUCUUCCUCUGUCGUUCUCUUCGGCCAAGGAACUGCGAGGCAGAGCAGAAAUGCUGCCGAGCGGUCCAUGCUGGAUGUCCGAAGUGAUUAAGACGACGCAUCCGACGAAAUCACCAGUCGUAUUAUAUUGGUGUGACCCCCUGGAUUGUAUCUCCAGCAUACUCAACCAUCUGCGCUUUCACGACCAGUUAGACUUUACGCCCCGCAAGGUAUAUACCACGGCGCAACGACUGUGCCGUGUGUACUCCGAAUGGAUGACAGGAGACGACGCGUGGAAGAUGCAGUCGGCUCUACCACGAGGUGCGACGCUGCUUGGGACCAUCCUAUCCUCCGACAAGACGAAUAUAUCAAUGAUGACGGGCGACAGAGUCGCUCACCCGCUCCUCGUAAGCCUCGCCAAUGUACCCAUGUCCACCCGACUCAAGACCUCAUCCAACUCUUUCGUGCUCACUGCCCUACUUCCCGUGCCGAAGUUCCUUCAUAAGAAGAAACGCAUGCGUGGCGUACUGGAGGAUCGCCUAGUCCACCAAUGUCUGGAUAUUGUUUUAGAGCCGCUUAAGCAGGCCGCCCGUGAGGGGAUUAUGUUGUCAGAUCCCGCUGGACAUAGUCACUACUGCUUUACUCCUCUCGCGAGCUACAUCGUCGACACUCCAGAGGCCAUGAUGCUGGCUACCGUUGGUGGCAAAACUUCCCCGGUCACCAUGGCCAUGUUCAAACUAUUUGGCGACCCUUUCCAACAUGAGCCUCGAACUGGUUCUACGAUGCUCGCACAACUAGCUGCUGUCCGGAGAAAGGCUGAUCCCAGUGACAUCGAGUCUUUCUUCCGCGAAGCGCAGAAGUUUCGUUUAAAUGGUGUCGACAAACCUUUCUGGCAGGAUUGGCUCUUUGCUGAUCUGUCACACUUCCUUACUCCCGAAAAUCUUCACCAUAUCCACCGCGAGUUUUUCGACCACGACGUGAAGUGGAUCAUAUGUGUGGUGAAGGAUGCAGAAAUCGAUUUUCGCUUCUCGGCACUGCAGCCUGUGACAGGAUUUCGCCACUUUCAUGGUGGCAUUUCAAAGCUGAAGCAGGUCACAGGGCGUGCCCAACGGGAUAUACAGCGCUCGAUUAUUGCGGUCAGUGCGGAUGCGGUACCCAGCGCUGUUAUGACUGCUGUACGAGCUCUGAUGGAUUUCCGUUAUCUCAUACAGUCACCACGGAUCAAUGAUCGCAAUGUCGAGCGUAUUUCCGCAGCACUGGCCGAAUUUCACGCGAACAAACACGCGAUCACGGCUGCUGGGCUUCGUCGUGGAAAGGGCAAUAAGCCUAUCGACAACUGGUAUAUUCCGAAGAUAGAGCUCAUGCAGAAUGUAGCUCCCAGUAUACGCAACACUGGUGUCACCAUGCAGUGGAGCGCAGACGCUACGGAGCACGCACAUAUUACUGAGAUCAAGGAUCCCGCACGUUCCAGCAAUAACAACAACUACGACUCGCAAAUAUGUCGCCACCUUGACCGCGCGGACAAAUGCCGUCGUUUUGACCUCGCAACAAGUCUGUUAGACUUGACGCUGCAAACCAACCUGGACCAACACCUCAACGUUGACGAUGACACCGUCGAUUCUGAUGUCGACGAUGACCUCCCUGCAGACCUCUGGUCUACAGUCAAGUGCCCUGGAUAUGCACGUCCGAUCACCGACUACUUUGCAAUCGCAAAGGUCCUCCAGCACAGGGAGGUAGGAACAGUCCCUCUACCAUUGCGCACCUUCGUUGUUGGAUGCACAGCGUUUCAUCUUGCCUACAGCCCAUCAAUCAGGGUCAUCUCUGUCAACGAUGCUGCCAUUAAAUUCGGCCUUCCCGACUUACGACCAGCCAUCGCCGAUUUCCUUCGUCGUGAGGAUACUCACGGUUAUCAUCAUAUAUGGUUUAAACUUCGGCUUCAGAACACCGAAUUUCAUGAUAUCACCAAUGUGCAGCCUGCGCAGACCCUGAACUGCGCACCACCUUCUGACAUCUGGAGCUUCGGUCGAUAUGACACCGUUAUCGUCAAUAACGAGGAUGGGCACUCAUGGCCUGCUGAUGGUCUUUGUGGCCACGUCAUCGCUCAAGUCCGGCUCAUUAUGCGUCCGAUUAGAAAGACAGGCACACCUGAGGGUUGGAAGGAUCGCUUCCUCACUUAUGUGCAACGCUUUACUAGCAAUAGCGAGCGCGAAUCAGCAACGCAGCUACAUCUGCUCAAGAGGGCGAAGCGGUCAAACGGGACUCGCAUUGGUGAUGUUAUACCAGUCACCCAGCUCAGGGCGCCUGUUAAUGUUGUCCCUCGCUUUGGCGCAAGCGCGGACCCUCGCCUCACUCAAUAUAACAGUAUGGAGCAUGCAUCGGAAUUCUGGCUCAAUAAGUACUGGGACAAAAACAUUUUCAUCCCUCUUUCAAUGUAG